AUGAAGAAAGUUUCAAUUGUAGUUUUGGUUUUAAUUGGCGUUUUGGCUAUUAAUUGGAAUAGUGUAAAAGCUGAUGAUGAAGCAAGCUUUGAAGAAGAUCGUUCGAAAGCUCUUGAUUUCCUUCGACGAUCCAUCUUUCAUCCUACUAAGACCAAAUGUGAGGAACAAAAACGUGAGGCUAAAGAGGAUUAUGAAGAACGAUGUGAACCAAGUAAUCCAAUCUAUCGUAAUAAAGGAACACAACGUAAUUGUCCUGAUUUAAAUGCAUGGGAAGCAUUUAAAAAUUAUGAAAUUAACGAUGGUCUUCCAACAUUAGACGAUCUUAAACCAAAUAUUAAACUACCUAAAUUACCUAAAUUACCAACAGCUGAUGAAGUGAAAGAUCGAGUUUAUAAUAAAGUUACGGGACUUAAAAGACGAGCAAUUUUAUUUCAUCCUGGUGCAACGAAAUGUGAAGAACAAAAACGAGAAGCACGAGAAGAUUACGAGGAACGAUGUGAACCAUCAUUUCCACUUCAUCGUAAUACAGGUACAAAUCGAUUUUGUCCAGAUAUUAAUGAUUGGAAAGAAUUUGAUUUAUAUGAAAUUGGUAAUGGUUAUAGUUCACAUGAUUCAAAUAGUGCAACUAGUUAUGUUGAUCGAAAUCAAAAUACAAACAAUAGAAAUGGUGAUACACGUAAUCGUCCACCACCAAUUGUUCCUAAUCGUAAUGAUGAUUAUGAAGAUUAA